GUGGACGUCAUAAACCAAAGCUCAUAACUUAAUAAACACUGAAAGUAAACAGGCGCAUUUUUUUUUCCUUUUUUAGACCCUGCUAUUUUCAGUCAAUGAUUUUGGACACGAAAGUAAUAUGUCUAACUGCAAAUUCGUUCCAACUUGUAAGGAGCUUGAAAAAGAAAUACUGGAUUUAAAAUGUAAAAUCGCUCUGCUUAACGCCCAUCUGAUAGGUGAAAACGAAAAGAUGGAGGACGGCCAUCACGGAUUAUGUGCAUUAGAUAAGGACGUCCUCGGAGGUCACGGACAAAAAUUGGUGGAAAAAGUUUCCCGUCUGAUUUUAGAGUUGGAAAAUUUAAAAUUAAAUCUAAAGAAAUUCAACGAGCUAUGCAAAGGAUGCGCAAACAAUGAAUACGCAUCAGGUGGACGAACUGUUCCACCAAUUCAGGAAGAAGGUGCCGGAGAAGUACUUAAAGAAAAAGCGGAACGCGCACAGUGUGUACAGAUAAGAGAAAAUUUAGAUACUCAAAGGUCUUCAAAAAAGGAUAGUGGGAUAGACGUCGACGAAUCAUUAUCAAGACCAGGUUCGAAUUGUUCCCAACGAACCUUGUCAACAACAUCUGAGCCCUGUGAAUCAGAAGACCCGGAUAACAGAAGAUUCUCUACACGGACUGAACAAUUGUUGACUGUCCAAGCACAAAAGGCUUCCAGUAGAAGAUAUGUGAAAUCUAAAGACAAAUCAUCGUCCCUGUGACAUUAUCUUAGAGUUUGCAAGCGUUUAUGGAGGCCAGUUUUGCUUACUACAAGAUGAGAUUUGAUUUUCGAGCAAUAUGCAAAUGUAUAUAAGUUCGGAAACGUUGUUGUCAUUUCAUUUGUUACUGUUUCUCAUAUUUUCAUACCCUCAGGAUAAUUGAGUUUAAGUUUUUUGUGUUUUUAGUUGUAUAUACGUUUUUGUGAUCAGUUCUUUUAUUUCCUAUUUAAUUUUUCUCAUUAAAAUUGUUACUUGUAUUUAAACUGUGGAAUGGUGGAAACAUUCUAUCGCAAUGAGAUUUUUCAAACUUGGAAAUGGGUUUCACUUGUUACCUUUUUAGAGGUCCGUGUUGCUCUGCUUUAAAUUUGUAUUUCGUUUAAUGGAUUUUUGAGAUGAUUGACAGUUUGGUGUCAUUUUUUAUUGUAAAAUAAAAGAAAAUAUUGUUGAAGUCUGACCUAUGAAGACUCGUUGUGUCCUUAAUUACAAUUGAUGAAAAGUUUUAAAAUUCAUUUACUCAUGUUAACUUGAAGUUUGCAUUAUGAGAAACUCAAAAAAGGUUUGAUUUGCAUUAAAAGAUCAAGGUAUUAAUAUCAUUUGCAUUUUAUUGACAGAAAAUAGUAAAUUUUAAAUAAAUUUGAUCUAUUGAUUGAGAUAUUGGCUUAAAUAGUCAGAUUGUACUGUUUGAUGAAACGAUUUAAAAUUGUUUUAAUCAGAUCACGUUUGCAAUCAUUAAUAUGUAUCAUGUGCAAUACUUUUUAUUAUUUCCAAGUCUUCUUUGUAAAUAAAAUUCAUUAUCAUAAUUGAGUUAUAUGCUACUAAUUCAGUAGUAUUAUGUUGAAAAUAAAUCAUGUUACAAAA